UGUGAUUGGCUCCCGAGCCCAGUUUCCACGACAACCGAAACAAAACGAACAGUUUUCAUUGACUACAGAAGUGCACGAGCCUUAUAGACAAAUUGAAUAAUACUUUAGGGUAUUUUUUUCUAUUAAAAAAUGGAAGGAGUGCCAGAACAUGAAGAAAAUGAGGUGAAGAAUGACACAGAGGGGGUGGUAUCAGCAAAUCCUACCAAUGAGGAGGACAAUUCUCCUAUUCCUGCAGCUGGACAUGUAAAAGAAGAUGUUCCAGCUGAGGUGGUGACAUCAGAUCAUAAUGAAGAAAACUCUGAAAGCAUGAAGGCCACUGAAGAGCUUCCUGUUGAAGAAGCAUUCACCUCUGAGCCAGAAGAAUACAGUGGACAUGACCUCCCUGCUGUCGACAACGACCCCACAGAUGGAGACUUGGAUGUGAAGAUGAAUGAAGUCAGUGAACUGCCACUGUCCUAUGAAGAGAGUGUUGUUUUUGAGAUCAUCAGCAAUGAUGAUGACGAACCUCCUAGACUGCAUCUUGAGACCCAGGAGAGAGAGACCACCAGACCUGCACAGGAGGAGGAAGAGGAGGCUAAAGAAGAGGAAUCCACUGCUGCUCCUGCAGACAAAGAAGACAUCAGCUAUGAAGAAUGCCUGCAGGAGCUGCAUGAGGAGAGAGAUAAAGCCAGCCAACACAGCAGCCAGCUGCAGAUGAAGCUGGCAGAGUACUUCCGCAAGAAGGCCGGGGAUGAUGCCCAGCUGGAGAGGGAGAUGCUGGUGUCAGAGCAGGUGCAGGAGUAUGAGAAGUAUAUUAACAUCCUGACUGAUCUGAAGCAGCAGCUCACCACAGACUCAGAGACAGCCCAGCAGCAGGCUGAGGAGCUGAGGCUACAGAGCCAAGAGAGGCUGGACAAGGUGGAAAAUGAAUGGUGUGUGUUCAUGGCUCUGAAGCAGGAUGUAGCUGUGACUAUGCUAAGCAGACGCCUGGGUAAACAAGCAGCUCAGGCUAAAGUGGAGUCAACCCUGGCAGCAGAGCAGCUCCGGCAGGAUGAGCUGAUCAAGCUGCGCCUCAAGCACAUUAAGCUGAGGAUCAGGAUUCACAGGCUGGAAGCAGAGCUCCGUGAUAGGGAAGAACGCGCCAGGGACCCUCUACAGCUCCAGUUUGAGCAGCUGCAGGCUGAGAGGCUGGAGCAGAAAAAACACACUGAGAAGCAAAGGGAGGAAUCAUUAAAGCUGCAGAAAAAGAUCAGCAGCAGCUUGGAGCUCCUGUCGAACAUAAAGGAGAAGCUGUAUUGGAGUCAGAUGGAGGUCCAGGCCAAGCGAGAGCAGCUGGCUGAGGUGGAGGCCACGGUGGCCAGAAAGAGGGACCUCCUGACCAGGACCAAGCAGGCCCGCAGCGGUCUGCAGAGGGACAACCUGAGGCUUAAGGAGCGUCGUGGACUGCUGGGGAACAGGGUUCUGCUGCGGGACUUUGAGGACACUGUGGACGCCUCCGACCACCUGGCAGAAAAACUGGAGAACCUGAAAUGCCGGCAAGCAGAGAUGGUUUUCAGCUGUGGCAGGCGGAAGAACAAGCUGGAAACAAUUUAAUGAAGCAAUGAACAAAUGACUGAAUAACCAUCUUAAGAUGUGAUCAGACUACACAAUAUCAGCCCCCAAAAAUGGCUCAAUUCAACAAACGUGGGCCAACAAGAAUGAAAAGACAAGCUCUGUGGCUCUGUGACGCUGUGAAAGCCACAGUCAGGAUCAAAAACCAUGGUCAGGGUUCCACUUGUCUUCUGACAUGCCUCUCAACCAAAUCAUGCCAGGACCAUGAUCACCUAAUCUUACCUUACAAAACAAUCAGGACAUUUAUGUCAUGUACUCUGAUCAUGGCAUUAUUGUAUUACAUAUAUGAUGUUGAAAUCAUUCUUAAAAACCUAUAAAAUCAUGAUUUGUGAUUCACUGACAUUACAGCAAACGUGGAUAAAGCCUUAAUAUAAAAAUCUGUGUGAAUAUUUCAUCUCUUUGUGCUUCGUUUAGUGUCCAGCAGUGGAUAUGCAGCAUUUAGGGUGUUUAUUGCAUUCAACAACACAAUGGUUAACAGAGAGU